AAUCGCUGGCUGCAAAAAAUCUUCACAUGUAUAAAUCGCUAAAAUUCAAUAAAAGAGAAAGUCAUGUCUGAUCUCAACGAUAUCUCGCGAUUACAGGAAGAACAGGAAAAGGUUUGUGCUCAAUAAAAAUUAUAAAAUGAAAUUUAUUUUGAAUUAUUUAAAAUCACCAUAAAUCUUCUGUGAAGCAUUGUCUCAAGCUAGCCAUUAUGGAGGCAGCCCUCUCUCUAUAACACCCCCCCCCCCCGGCUUUUAAGGAGUGUAUUAUGCCUCCUUUCAAAUUUCUUUCUCAUUCACUUCAAAACAAAGACAUAGGUAUGUACCGAUUGUUGUCCUGAAAUUUCACAUUUGCUUUUUAAUUUAGGUUACCAUUAAAAAUUACUGUCAGUAUUUAUAAUAAGCCCCCCCACCACCACCACUACUGGUGUCCACACCCAGGGUAGUGGUUGUGUUGUGGAUGCAUGCAAACAUGAUAUUUUAUUUGCUUAGACUUUAAAGAAUUGUGAGACAAUGAUAGAAAAAUGGUAAGUCCUUGAUCAAUGUUUUAUUGUGUACGACAUCAAAUUGGUGGCACGCUUAAUGAUCCCUUUUGACCACACCCAACAUGAUUCGCGUUUGAUCCAAUAUCAUUCUGGUUAAAAAUAACGUUGGGCGGAUUUAGCCCAGUUGACCCAUUAACUCUUGAUUAAUUCCCCUUGACAAUUAAGUAAAAUCCUCUAAGGUUAACAAUUUUACUCUUCAAGGGGAGUGCUGGCACUCAAUGUGUUAAAUGGCAAUGCAGGUUGAUGAAUUAAUUAGGGCACAUGGCAGCUUAAACAUAUGCAUUCUUUUAUUGAACAGGGAAAAGUUUAAGGAAGAUUAUGAGGCCGUUGACAAACUGUUAAAUGACCUACCUCAUAAAACAACACAUGAUGUCAUGGUAAGUGUCCUGGAAAAAAUGUUCAUAAAAACUCACUCAAAACACCCAUAAUUUAUAGAUAUCUAAAUUUCCCUAUAUGAAUUUGUAUUGUCUAUUUGUAGGUUCCCAUAGGCCCUCUCGCAUUCAUGCCAGGCCAGCUAAUUCAUACAAAUGAAAUCAUGGUCCUCUUGGGAGAUAAUUGGUUUGCAGAAAGGUCGGCAACGCAAGCUGUGGAGAUUGCAAAGCGUCGUCUUGAGAGUAAGUCAAAUCUAGAACAGUCAAAAUGUCCAUAAUCACAAAACUACUGGUUCAUGAGUUUGGAAUUUAUUUACAUAGGUGUUGAAGAAUACUUGAGCAAUCUCCACAAAGAACAUGAAAAUAUACUAUCGCACAUGUCUUUCACCAAUAAUGUUGUUAACACAAGGGUAAGCUCUAAGUAAUAGCAAGACACAGUCCUCAGGGGCAUAGCAAAAUGAAUGCUGCAACUCCGAAGAAUGACCUAGCUGUUGGCAAAAUCAGCAUGCUCAUUUUGCAGCAAUUUUGAUAACAUACCAUUGACCACACCCAUGUUAUUGGCAGAAGUAAGGCCUGCACCCACCCACCCCAAUUAUGAUACACUCUCCAUGCCCUGGACACAGUAGUUUAAUUUCAGGAAAUCAUGCAUUUUGCAUAUAAUGAUAAUUUAGGUUGCAUGAAAUUUCUUCAUGUUGUCCAUUACAUUUUCCAGACCCAAAAUGAUUUCCAAGAAAUCAAGGAAGAACUAACAGAAAAGGAUAGACAAAGACAAGGUUGGGGUUCCCAUAACAAAUUAUCUGUGCUUGGCUCAGCCUUUGUAAAUAGGUCGUCCAAGCAUUGGAUAAAUUUGGUAUGGGUACCAAAAAUUGAGAGUAGCGUAAACAAGGCUUCAAGGUGAUAGAUGGUUAACCAUAUUAAAAUGCCAGAGUAAAAUCAUGGAGAACUUUGCUGCUUUAUGGCAUUAUAGCAAAUGUCACUCCUUGGAAAGUAUAAUGCUUUGAGGUCAGAGGGCAUAAAAUAAAUAAGGUAUGUAGUAUUUAGCCUAGUAAGUGUACAACUGUUAUAUUACAUUUUUAGAUAAGAAAUCAAGAAGGGUGGCUCAUGCCAAUGCCACAAAGCACAGUGUGAAGAAAGUAGAUUUGAGAAACCAUUCUUCUAGCAAACAAACUAAAUCCAAAGAAGAUGAAAAUUUGUUUGCAAAACUGGAAGAACUUGAGAGACAAGAACAAAUAAAUAAGGAAUUAGAAAACGAACAAUACUUCGCAGACUACGACGAAAGCACGCGUGCUCUGAACAGCAGCACGGAGAACGAAACGUCCAAUAAUUUGCGUGCUGGAAGCAAGACAAUCGCGUGCUCAAAUAAUUUUAGUGUGUGUAAUAGUAAAGAACGUGCUCGAAAACCGUGCACAGUAAGGGAACAUAACAAUAGCUCGCGUGCUGAAAGUUGUAGCUUUGAGAAAGAGCGUGCAACAAAUGCCCGUUCAACGCAAAGCGAGCAAAACGAUGUUGGGGACGCGUGCAGUGUUGUGGAGAAUUCAAAUGAUUUGCAUAAGAAACGAUUAGUGAAGAAAGUGUCAUGGAAGGAAAGUAUUGUUGAAGAGCAAGAAGAAGACAGAGUUGCUUGCCAGAAAGAUGAGAACUUAACGAUAUACUUCACUCAUUCUAGUGGAAAGGUAAGGUUUUAUGAAUGCAUGGCUUAGUUUGUAUAUCUGAUAUAAAAUCAUGCGGAUUUACAUAAACUUUAAGUUCAAUUUUCUCACCAAAUAUCAUUAAUUUAUUUUAAAUUUUUUAUUUUUUUAAUUGUUUCACAAGCAUUUAUUCAGCUCGAGUUUGUAUAUCCCAUACAACGUGUCUGCUCAUGUUGUAAUAGUACAAAAACCAUAUAGAGAAAAUUCUAAUUUUAGAUUACAAGUCAUGAAGAAAUGGAAAGUCACGAAAAAAGACAAAAUAUAACUUCACCAGCAGAUAUUCUCACACACUAUCUCGAGAAAAACAUGGAACAACAACAUUCUCAAUUGAAGAACUCCACAGAUGAACAAUCAUCAAUGUCAAAAAUACCUGAACUACAACAGGGUAACUUGACCCAAAAUCAAGAGCAUAAUACCAAAGAAGAAAAAGUGCUUCAGGUAUAAUAAAAGCUUCGGAGUUAACGACAUUGACAAAAAUGGCGAGGGGUUGAACUGGAGGAAGAAAAUACUCUUUAAAAUCUUCAUACACAAGUAGCCCAGAAAAAUCCUAAGCCCGAAGUGGGGUUUGAACCCACCAUCCUUCAUAUUCUAGACGGAUGCUCUAACAUUUUUUGACUGACCCACUCUUUAGGCAUUUGCUGAUGUUGUUGUUGAGCAUAAAGAUAUACCAAGUACAAGCGCUAGCAUUGAAAAAGAUAAGGUAUAUUAUUUCAUCCUCAUUGUAUUGGGUAUUACGUGUGAAUACGAUGUGAAACCCGUGAUUUUAUCACUUUCUUUUUCUAUAGCAACAGAAACCAGAAACAAGAAAAAUAUCCAAAUUCAAAGCAGGAAGAAUGAAAAACAAUUGAAUGAAGAAAAAAUAACGAACUGCAAUCGGAAAAUAUUCCACUUGUAAUCAGAUGUAAACAUGUGCUUUAUGUAAAUUGUUAAGUUAAUUCGCCAUCUUGAAUUGUCUGUGUCUGUAUUCCAUUUUGUGUCCAAUGGCAAGCGACGAAAUAUAUGCCAUGUAAAAAUCUGCUGGCUUCGAACCGACCGUUGAUUCUCCUUGAGGAGUGGGGGAACUUACAUUCCCCUAAUGAAGGCUGUUAAUCCAGCCUAAUUCGAGCAUAUCGUGAAAUAUUUAAGUCAAACUUGCUGCGUUUAACAGAGGGUAACGUUUCCUAGGCGGUUUCCAUUGAAAUCGAGUAAAUACGACAUUUUCACAUUUGUUGACCAAAUUCUAAGACAUCCUUAUCCUUUAGAAAAGCUUAUUGAAUCAUCUUCAAAGUCCUGUAUACUCUCAUCUAUCAGUUCUUCAGGUAAAGGUCCAUGAUGAUGGGGUAAAUAUGUUGGAUAUGGAGGUGGCUGUUUGUGACCUGCUACACCAUCUUUCACUUUGACCAUGCCGCCGUUCGGUCCAGGUAUCUGACCAUGAAUAUAGAGUACAUUGUAUUUUGUAUUGAUACGGUAAAUCUAAAAUUGAAGAUAGAGAGAUUUAGCUUUGACUUCC